CGGUCAUUUCUCCUGUGUUGGCCACCGGGGUCAGUCGACUCUUGGCGGCAGCAGGCGGAUCUUUUGGCAAGCACUCUUAGGGCUGGACGCCUUCGCCUCCAGCUAUCCAGCUAAUAGCAGAAGUGACUACGAAGUGUCUGGAGCCCCCUCCAGGCACCGACUUUACCCCGCAGCCAGUAUAAGCUAAGAGGUGGCAGAGGAACCUCCUCAAGGAGAGCUAAGCAGAAGGGCCCAGGAGCCCACCAGCAGCUCCAGGACAUCGCGUGAGCAAAGCUGGACGCGCGCGCCCACCUGCAGCACCAGAACACCGCGUGAGCAAAACAGGAGGGCCCGUGAGCUCUCGAGGGCAACAGCAACGGUCAGUUCCCCUAUACUGGCCACCCGCUCAGUCGACUCUUGCCGGCAGCAGGUGGAUCUUCAGUCGCAGCCCUGGCUAGCACUCAUACAGCUGGACUCCUUAGCCUCCAGCUAUACAGUUAUUAGUAAACUGACUACAAGGUGCCUGGGGAAGACUCCAGGCAGUUACUUUAUCCCGCAGCCUUUACAAGCUAAGAGGUGGCAGAGGAGCCUCCUAAAGGAGCACCCAGAACACCAGCCGCGGUCACUUCCUCUGUUUUGGCCACUGGCUCACUGGUCUCUUAGCCUCGGCAAGCGGAUCUUCCAGGCUCACCUCUGGUGAGCACUCCUUGUGCUGGACGCCUUCCUACCAGCUAUCCAGCUAUUAGGAGAAGGGACUACAAGGUGCCUGUAGCCCCCUCCAGCACACACUAUCCUCUGCCAGCCAGUACAAGGCGGCAGAGGAGCCUCCUUCGGGAGAGCUAAGCAGAAGGGUCUGUGAGCCCAGAAGCAAACAGUUCCAGGACACCGCGUGAGCAAAGCCGGACCCGCGCGCCCACCAGCAGCACCGGGACACCGCGUGACCAACGCAGAAGGACCAGAGAGCGCCCAGAACACCAGCUGCAAUCACUUCCUCUGUAUUGGCCACCCCCUCGGGGGUCUCUUAGCCUGGGCGGCGGAUCUUCCAGGCUCACCACUGGUGAAUACACCUUGUGGCUGAGGAGCCUCCUUCAGGAGAGCUAAGCGGAAGGGUCCGCGAGCCCACCAGCAGCACCGGAACACCGCGUGGCCAAAGCAGAAGGACCUGGGAGCGCCCAGAACACCAGCCGCGGUCACCUCCUCUGUAUUGGCCACCUGCUCAGUGGGCUCUUAGGGUGCGCAGGCCCGUCUUCAAGGCUCACCUCUGGUGAGCACUCCUUGUGCUGGACGCCUUCCUACCAGCUAUCCAGCUAUUAGGAGAAGGGACUACAAGGUGCCUGUAGCCCCCUCCAGCACACACUAUCCUCUGCCAGCCAGUACAAGGCGGCAGAGGAGCCUCCUUCGGGAGAGCUAAGCAGAAGGGUCUGUGAGCCCAGAAGCAAACAGUUCCAGGACACCGCGUGAGCAAAGCCGGACCCGCGCGCCCACCAGCAGCACCGGGACACCGCGUGACCAACGCAGAAGGACCAGAGAGCGCCCAGAACACCAGCUGCAAUCACUUCCUCUGUAUUGGCCACCCCCUCGGGGGUCUCUUAGCCUGGGCGGCGGAUCUUCCAGGCUCACCACUGGUGAAUACACCUUGUGGCUGAGGAGCCUCCUUCAGGAGAGCUAAGCGGAAGGGUCCGCGAGCCCACCAGCAGCACCGGAACACCGCGUGGCCAAAGCAGAAGGACCUGGGAGCGCCCAGAACACCAGCCGCGGUCACCUCCUCUGUAUUGGCCACCUGCUCAGUGGGCUCUUAGGGUGCGCAGGCCCGUCUUCAAGGCUCACCUCUGGUGAGCACUCCUUGUGCUGGACGCCUUCCUACCAGCUAUCCAGCUAUUAGGAGAAGGGACUACAAGGUGCCUGUAGCCCCCUCCAGCACACACUAUCCUCUGCCAGCCAGUACAAGGCGGCAGAGGAGCCUCCUUCGGGAGAGCUAAGCAGAAGGGUCUGUGAGCCCAGAAGCAAACAGUUCCAGGACACCGCGUGAGCAAAGCCGGACCCGCGCGCCCACCAGCAGCACCGGGACACCGCGUGACCAACGCAGAAGGACCAGAGAGCGCCCAGAACACCAGCUGCAAUCACUUCCUCUGUAUUGGCCACCCCCUCGGGGGUCUCUUAGCCUGGGCGGCGGAUCUUCCAGGCUCACCACUGGUGAAUACACCUUGUGGCUGAGGAGCCUCCUUCAGGAGAGCUAAGCGGAAGGGUCCGCGAGCCCACCAGCAGCACCGGAACACCGCGUGGCCAAAGCAGAAGGACCUGGGAGCGCCCAGAACACCAGCCGCGGUCACCUCCUCUGUAUUGGCCACCUGCUCAGUGGGCUCUUAGGGUGCGCAGGCCCGUCUUCAAGGCUCACCUCUGGUGAGCACUCCUUGUGCUGGACGCCUUCCUACCAGCUAUCCAGCUAUUAGGAGAAGGGACUACAAGGUGCCUGUAGCCCCCUCCAGCACACACUAUCCUCUGCCAGCCAGUACAAGGCGGCAGAGGAGCCUCCUUCGGGAGAGCUAAGCAGAAGGGUCUGUGAGCCCAGAAGCAAACAGUUCCAGGACACCGCGUGAGCAAAGCCGGACCCGCGCGCCCACCAGCAGCACCGGGACACCGCGUGACCAACGCAGAAGGACCAGAGAGCGCCCAGAACACCAGCUGCAAUCACUUCCUCUGUAUUGGCCACCCCCUCGGGGGUCUCUUAGCCUGGGCGGCGGAUCUUCCAGGCUCACCACUGGUGAAUACACCUUGUGGCUGAGGAGCCUCCUUCAGGAGAGCUAAGCGGAAGGGUCCGCGAGCCCACCAGCAGCACCGGAACACCGCGUGGCCAAAGCAGAAGGACCUGGGAGCGCCCAGAACACCAGCCGCGGUCACCUCCUCUGUAUUGGCCACCUGCUCAGUGGGCUCUUAGGGUGCGCAGGCCCGUCUUCAAGGCUCACCUCUGGUGAGCACUCCUUGUGCUGGACGCCUUCCUACCAGCUAUCCAGCUAUUAGGAGAAGGGACUACAAGGUGCCUGUAGCCCCCUCCAGCACACACUAUCCUCUGCCAGCCAGUACAAGGCGGCAGAGGAGCCUCCUUCGGGAGAGCUAAGCAGAAGGGUCUGUGAGCCCAGAAGCAAACAGUUCCAGGACACCGCGUGAGCAAAGCCGGACCCGCGCGCCCACCAGCAGCACCGGGACACCGCGUGACCAACGCAGAAGGACCAGAGAGCGCCCAGAACACCAGCUGCAAUCACUUCCUCUGUAUUGGCCACCCCCUCGGGGGUCUCUUAGCCUGGGCGGCGGAUCUUCCAGGCUCACCACUGGUGAAUACACCUUGUGGCUGAGGAGCCUCCUUCAGGAGAGCUAAGCGGAAGGGUCCGCGAGCCCACCAGCAGCACCGGAACACCGCGUGGCCAAAGCAGAAGGACCUGGGAGCGCCCAGAACACCAGCCGCGGUCACCUCCUCUGUAUUGGCCACCUGCUCAGUGGGCUCUUAGGGUGCGCAGGCCCGUCUUCAAGGCUCACCUCUGGUGAGCACUCCUUGUGCUGGACGCCUUCCUACCAGCUAUCCAGCUAUUAGGAGAAGGGACUACAAGGUGCCUGUAGCCCCCUCCAGCACACACUAUCCUCUGCCAGCCAGUACAAGGCGGCAGAGGAGCCUCCUUCGGGAGAGCUAAGCAGAAGGGUCUGUGAGCCCAGAAGCAAACAGUUCCAGGACACCGCGUGAGCAAAGCCGGACCCGCGCGCCCACCAGCAGCACCGGGACACCGCGUGACCAACGCAGAAGGACCAGAGAGCGCCCAGAACACCAGCUGCAAUCACUUCCUCUGUAUUGGCCACCCCCUCGGGGGUCUCUUAGCCUGGGCGGCGGAUCUUCCAGGCUCACCACUGGUGAAUACACCUUGUGGCUGAGGAGCCUCCUUCAGGAGAGCUAAGCGGAAGGGUCCGCGAGCCCACCAGCAGCACCGGAACACCGCGUGGCCAAAGCAGAAGGACCUGGGAGCGCCCAGAACACCAGCCGCGGUCACCUCCUCUGUAUUGGCCACCUGCUCAGUGGGCUCUUAGGGUGCGCAGGCCCGUCUUCAAGGCUCACCUCUGGUGAGCACUCCUUGUGCUGGACGCCUUCCUACCAGCUAUCCAGCUAUUAGGAGAAGGGACUACAAGGUGCCUGUAGCCCCCUCCAGCACACACUAUCCUCUGCCAGCCAGUACAAGGCGGCAGAGGAGCCUCCUUCGGGAGAGCUAAGCAGAAGGGUCUGUGAGCCCAGAAGCAAACAGUUCCAGGACACCGCGUGAGCAAAGCCGGACCCGCGCGCCCACCAGCAGCACCGGGACACCGCGUGACCAACGCAGAAGGACCAGAGAGCGCCCAGAACACCAGCUGCAAUCACUUCCUCUGUAUUGGCCACCCCCUCGGGGGUCUCUUAGCCUGGGCGGCGGAUCUUCCAGGCUCACCACUGGUGAAUACACCUUGUGGCUGAGGAGCCUCCUUCAGGAGAGCUAAGCGGAAGGGUCCGCGAGCCCACCAGCAGCACCGGAACACCGCGUGGCCAAAGCAGAAGGACCUGGGAGCGCCCAGAACACCAGCCGCGGUCACCUCCUCUGUAUUGGCCACCUGCUCAGUGGGCUCUUAGGGUGCGCAGGCCCGUCUUCAAGGCUCACCUCUGGUGAGCACUCCUUGUGCUGGACGCCUUCCUACCAGCUAUCCAGCUAUUAGGAGAAGGGACUACAAGGUGCCUGUAGCCCCCUCCAGCACACACUAUCCUCUGCCAGCCAGUACAAGGCGGCAGAGGAGCCUCCUUCGGGAGAGCUAAGCAGAAGGGUCUGUGAGCCCAGAAGCAAACAGUUCCAGGACACCGCGUGAGCAAAGCCGGACCCGCGCGCCCACCAGCAGCACCGGGACACCGCGUGACCAACGCAGAAGGACCAGAGAGCGCCCAGAACACCAGCUGCAAUCACUUCCUCUGUAUUGGCCACCCCCUCGGGGGUCUCUUAGCCUGGGCGGCGGAUCUUCCAGGCUCACCACUGGUGAAUACACCUUGUGGCUGAGGAGCCUCCUUCAGGAGAGCUAAGCGGAAGGGUCCGCGAGCCCACCAGCAGCACCGGAACACCGCGUGGCCAAAGCAGAAGGACCUGGGAGCGCCCAGAACACCAGCCGCGGUCACCUCCUCUGUAUUGGCCACCUGCUCAGUGGGCUCUUAGGGUGCGCAGGCCCGUCUUCAAGGCUCACCUCUGGUGAGCACUCCUUGUGCUGGACGCCUUCCUACCAGCUAUCCAGCUAUUAGGAGAAGGGACUACAAGGUGCCUGUAGCCCCCUCCAGCACACACUAUCCUCUGCCAGCCAGUACAAGGCGGCAGAGGAGCCUCCUUCGGGAGAGCUAAGCAGAAGGGUCUGUGAGCCCAGAAGCAAACAGUUCCAGGACACCGCGUGAGCAAAGCCUGACCCGCGCGCCCACCAGCAGCUCCAGGACAUCGCGUGAGCAAAGCUGGAUGCGCGCGCCCACCUGCAGCACCAGAACACCGCGUGAGCAAAACAGGAGGGCCCGUGAGCUCUCGAGGGCAACAGCAACGGUCAGUUCCCCUAUACUGGCCACCCGCUCAGUCGACUCUUGCCGGCAGCAGGUGGAUCUUCAGUCGCAGCCCUGGCUAGCACUCAUACAGCUGGACUCCUUAGCCUCCAGCUAUACAGUUAUUAGUAAACUGACUACAAGGUGCCUGGGGAAGACUCCAGGCAGUUACUUUAUCCCGCAGCCUUUACAAGCUAAGAGGUGGCAGAGGAGCCUCCUAAAGGAGCACCCAGAACACCAGCCGCGGUCACUUCCUCUGUUUUGGCCACUGGCUCACUGGUCUCUUAGCCUCGGCAAGCUGAUCUUCCAGGCUCACCUCUGGUGAGCACUCCUUGUGCUGGACGCCUUCCUACCAGCUAUCCAGCUAUUAGGAGAAGGGACUACAAGGUGCCUGUAGCCCCCUCCAGCACACACUAUCCUCUGCCAGCCAGUACAAGGCGGCAGAGGAGCCUCCUUCGGGAGAGCUAAGCAGAAGGGUCUGUGAGCCCAGAAGCAAACAGUUCCAGGACACCGCGUGAGCAAAGCCGGACCCGCGCGCCCACCAGCAGCACCGGGACACCGCGUGACCAACGCAGAAGGACCAGAGAGCGCCCAGAACACCAGCUGCAAUCACUUCCUCUGUAUUGGCCACCCCCUCGGGGGUCUCUUAGCCUGGGCGGCGGAUCUUCCAGGCUCACCACUGGUGAAUACACCUUGUGGCUGAGGAGCCUCCUUCAGGAGAGCUAAGCGGAAGGGUCCGCGAGCCCACCAGCAGCACCGGAACACCGCGUGGCCAAAGCAGAAGGACCUGGGAGCGCCCAGAACACCAGCCGCGGUCACCUCCUCUGUAUUGGCCACCUGCUCAGUGGGCUCUUAGGGUGCGCAGGCCCGUCUUCAAGGCUCACCUCUGGUGAGCACUCCUUGUGCUGGACGCCUUCCUACCAGCUAUCCAGCUAUUAGGAGAAGGGACUACAAGGUGCCUGUAGCCCCCUCCAGCACACACUAUCCUCUGCCAGCCAGUACAAGGCGGCAGAGGAGCCUCCUUCGGGAGAGCUAAGCAGAAGGGUCUGUGAGCCCAGAAGCAAACAGUUCCAGGACACCGCGUGAGCAAAGCCGGACCCGCGCGCCCACCAGCAGCACCGGGACACCGCGUGACCAACGCAGAAGGACCAGAGAGCGCCCAGAACACCAGCUGCAAUCACUUCCUCUGUAUUGGCCACCCCCUCGGGGGUCUCUUAGCCUGGGCGGCGGAUCUUCCAGGCUCACCACUGGUGAAUACACCUUGUGGCUGAGGAGCCUCCUUCAGGAGAGCUAAGCGGAAGGGUCCGCGAGCCCACCAGCAGCACCGGAACACCGCGUGGCCAAAGCAGAAGGACCUGGGAGCGCCCAGAACACCAGCCGCGGUCACCUCCUCUGUAUUGGCCACCUGCUCAGUGGGCUCUUAGGGUGCGCAGGCCCGUCUUCAAGGCUCACCUCUGGUGAGCACUCCUUGUGCUGGACGCCUUCCUACCAGCUAUCCAGCUAUUAGGAGAAGGGACUACAAGGUGCCUGUAGCCCCCUCCAGCACACACUAUCCUCUGCCAGCCAGUACAAGGCGGCAGAGGAGCCUCCUUCGGGAGAGCUAAGCAGAAGGGUCUGUGAGCCCAGAAGCAAACAGUUCCAGGACACCGCGUGAGCAAAGCCGGACCCGCGCGCCCACCAGCAGCACCGGGACACCGCGUGACCAACGCAGAAGGACCAGAGAGCGCCCAGAACACCAGCUGCAAUCACUUCCUCUGUAUUGGCCACCCCCUCGGGGGUCUCUUAGCCUGGGCGGCGGAUCUUCCAGGCUCACCACUGGUGAAUACACCUUGUGUCAGAGGAGCCUCCAUUGGGAGAGCUAGGCAGAAAGGUCUGAGAACCCACCAGCAGCUCCAGGACACCGCGUGAGCAAAGCAGCAUCCGCGAGCUCACCAGCAGCACCAGGACACUGUGUGACUAAAAUAGAAGCAAGUGCCCAGAACAUCAACCUUGGUCACUUCCUCUGUAUUGGCCACCCGCUCAGUGGUCUCUUAGCCUGGGCAGGAGGAUCUUCCAGGCUCACCUUUGGUGGCAGAGAAGCCUUGUUCUAGAGAGCUAGGCAUAAGGGUCGAGAGCCCACCAGCUGCAGCAGGACACCGUGUGACCAAAGCAAAAGGACCUGUCAGCGCCCAGAACACCAGCUGUGGUCACUUCCUCUGUAUUGGCAACUGCUCAGUGGAUUCUUAGCCUGGGCAGGCGGAUCUUCCAGGCUCACCUCUGAAGUUCUUCAGGUUUCCACCCCACCAGAUAUCACUCGCAGAUCCACCGCUUCCUGACAUAAACUUAGGAGAACUGGUAAGCCCCCUUCCUCCACUGGUCAGAGUAAAUGUCCACAUGGUCCCAGGGUCCCAGGGGAGUUUUCUUGAGCUUGGAGCUACCCCUCUAUUGCCCUUGAGGAUGGAGCUUUUCACUGACCCUCGUUCCAGGACCUUUUCCCUUGGGUGAGAUUUCCCUUUCUCCUUUUGAGACAGUUUCUUUCUUGAUGCUGAAAAUGCCAGGCCAGACCUUAAUAAACUACUCUCUGGCUCAGAAGGACCAGCUCCUAGUGUAGCCCCAGUACUGGUAGGGGGAAUUAAUAAUCCCUAUUCUCACCCAUGGGUCAUCUGUCCAGUUUUCCUGGGAUGUUUUGGUCUAAUUCAUAGUAAGCAGAAAGCAUUAUCUCUAUGUGGCCACUAAACUGGCACUCUUGCUAGCAUAGUCUUCCCCUCCUCCCUUCCUCAUUGCUGCUGCGCUGCUGCAGCUCCUGGUUCGAUGCCUCGAUGCCUCGUGAAAAGCAGGUCUGACCCUGUCCCUUUUGUCCUCCCAGGGACUCUGUCUGUGAGACCUGCUUUUUGAUGUGCGAUGUGCGUGUGGCCCCUACAUUUGGCGCACUCUCUCACAUGGGGCUUCUGCACUUUGCCAGGCCGCAGUGGGAAAAGUGGGGUCUGUCCCCGCCUCCUAGUGUCCUGCCAGGGACUUUGCCUGCUAAGACACCUCUCUCUCUCUCUCUCUCUCUCUCUCUCUCUCUCUCUGACUUUGCUCCUGUGCUCUGUCUGCCUGCCACAGCCUUGAGAAAAAUAGCUUUCACCCUGUCUUUUCCUGCACUCUCAUACUGCCCACCCACCACAAGAGUAACACACUCCUUACUAGGAUUAUGGUUGGUACUUUGGGCUCUCCUCCCUCCUCACCAUGGGGUGGGGCAGCGCUGGCCCUGAAGCCCGAAUCACUUGUUGGGGCUUCCAGCUGCCAGGAGGAGGCUCCCCACUCUUGUCUGGGCCCUAGCCCCUCACCACAGAACUACCGGGAGUGCUGGUGCCUCAGCUGUACCCCUGCUUGCAAGUGCCUGUGCCUCUCCCUUGCUCUGAAGAUUAGCCAUACCCAAACCUUGCUGUGCUCAAUGUCACAGGUUUAAAUCCCCCCAGUCAAGGUCUCACCCAUGGCACAGGAAACUUUGAAAUAUUCCAAGAGGUCAUCCAGGACAAACAGGACAACCCAUCUCAAUUUUUAGAAUGCCUCACAAAGUCUUUUUUACAAUACACUAAUCUGGACCCUAAAAACCCAGAAGAUAAGCAACCUCUUAUGACCUAUUUAUUUUCCCAGAGCUACCCCAACAUAAAAGACAAACUUAAAAAACUAGAGAGGGGGCUCCUAACUUCACAGGCAGAAGUUUUGACCCUAGCCUUCAAAUUGUACCAUGAGAGAGAUGAAAAGGCUCACAGACUAAAGUAUCAUAUGCUGGCGAAGGCUGUCUGACCAGCCUCAGCCACUGCACCGAGCUCCUGGUCUUCUAAGGCUAAGAGACCACUAGGCUCCUGCUACAAAUGAGGUCAACAAAGUCACUGGGUGAGGGCUUGACAUAACUUCAGCAAGCCAAAGGGGCCAUGUCCUAGGUGCCAUCAGGAGGGACACUGGGCUGUUGACUGCCCUCAUGUUGCACAAAACAGAGGGACAUCACUCCUGGAUAACUCUCCAGCCAAUCUCCCAGGUUUGGCUAUGGAUGACUGAAGGGGCCCUAGCUCCCUUGACCCAACCACGGCCAUCACCAGCAGGGAGAUCCGGGUAGUUAUCAUGGUAUUUGGGUGGCCUAUCUCCUUCCUUUUGGACACUGAGGCCACUUACUCAGUCCUAACGGAGUUUUGGGGACCCACUUUUCUCUCCCAUUUUCCUGUUGUUGGGGUAGGAGGGCACCUUUACCUUCCUCACCACACCCCAUUACUUAGUUGCCUUUUUAGGGGUGUACCUCUCACCCAUUCCUGUUUGGUGGUGGUGACAUGUCCUGUCCCCUUAUUGGGAAGGGAUCUUCUAGCUAAGUUGGGAGCCUUUAUUUCAUUUGCUCCCAUUUGCCUAAACCCAAGCUCGCCAGCAGCCCCUCUGCUCCUUCUGGCCGGUCAACCUACUAACACGGACAUGAUGCUUCCUUUACCAGCUUCUCAGGUAGAACCCGAGUCUGGGAGGUCCAGAACCCUUCUGUUCCUAAACAGUCUUUCUAAACAGGGUUCAGAAACUGCUCCAUGGCCAGAUGCCAGGAACCGAUCCAAAUUGCUCUCAUCCCUGUAUUGGUAUCCCAUCUAAGUAUUAUGAUCUCUUUACUUGCUUUAUCUUUGACCAGGCAAAGAAUGAUUAUAAAAAAUGGCCAGAUGAAUAUGGGGACUACCCAUAUUGGUCUUGUCAGAUACAUAUGCUAUGAUCACGAACCUAUCACUUCUAUCAGCAAUGCAAGACACUUUUUUUCUACAUGCAAGAUCCAUGCAUGGAAUCCCAGGUGGGAGACAGGAGUUGUUGGUAAGCUCUACUAUAAAAACCAAGCCCAGUUCCCAGUGAGUACUAUCUACAUUCAGAGAAAAUAUGUCUCAAUUGCCCAACCUCUAGAUAUCAGAAAAGUGGGGGAGGUAAUCAAACACUCCUCCGUGGUCCUUACCUCUUUGACAUCUCCACCUCCUAAAGGGAACUAACUUGUCAUUUCACCUUUUGCUUCAGACCCUGACCUCCACAUGCCAACUCCUUAAUGUCACCCGACCUAAUCACUUUAAAGACUACUGGCUAUGUGUACCCUUAGGAACCAAUGCAUAGCUGCCACUUACAGCCUCUCUAGUGAUACUGCCAAGUGACCUUACCAUACCUUUUGUCAGCUGCCCUGACCCUGAUGUUGCCAUGACUCCAUACCUUUUCUAUAUCCCUUUUUUUUUGGCAUGGCAAACUUUUAAGACAUCCACGACAGGUUCUUUGGGAACGCUAGGCUCUCUAGACUGCAAUAGAACUACAAGUCUUGAUACCUCAUCUCUGCCACAAUGUCCUGCAGUCUGAAACAUGUGAAUUCUUUGUGGUGCUCAGGUAUAUCAUCGUCUACCUGCCAGUUGGUCAGGAGUUUGUAUGUUGGUACUCCUUUUCCUGAACUAGGGGUAAUCCAGGGAAACGAUCCCCUGCUAAUCCCAGUUGGCAAGGAGGAUCCCCGAUUUCCCAAGUAAGGCCUGGCCAGCCUUUAUAGGAUAAAGGGGAUAAGACUUUGAUCCUUGGGCAAGUAUUCCCUGGAAAGCGACUUUCUAUCCCCUCUUCCUUCCGGCCUCUUGCAGAAGUGUAAAGAAACUCCCAGACCUGGGUAGAGACACUUUCUGGUGAGUCUGAGACUCACUAUACAUGGCUUCUAGAAGGUCUAAGUGACAACUUAGACAUCUAGCCUGGCAGAAAUUUGGGGUGUUGAGAUUGUUCUUGGGACACUGGUAUGAAUAAUUCAAUACGUCCCCCCAUGAGUAACUCAUUGUCUUCAAAGGGUACCAGAUGACAGUACAACCCUCAAUCCAGCUAAUGAACUUUCUUAGAUAGAAAGCAGAAUGGGUCCCUAAACCUCUAACUCAUCUGCCUUUAUUAAAGAGUUUCGGUACAUUACCCAAUCUUAUAGCUUGACUUUCCACGAUGUACAUAUGAUGUUCGCUAUUUAGAUGUAACCAAUCAAUAUAACCCUCAAUCUUGUCAGAAGUCUGGUAAUUAUUAAUAUAUUUAAGUUUAUGACAGACAGCAUUGCCCAAAGCCUUUAAUAGUUUGACCCUCAAGGUCUCAGAAGAUGUGAACACAGCUUCAUGAGUCUGCCUGGAUUGUGAUCUGACAACCACUGGAUACCCUCAGAGUCAAAUGAUUUAUCUAAAUCAAGGUAAGUCAUUUCUCAUGUCACACAAAUUCAUUCUACAGAGAAAAGCUCUGUGUCUUCUGGGCUUGAAAGCCAGACUGACUCUGUCCAAGUUGCCAUGAAGACCACAGAGACCAUGGGGAACUGUUGGCUAAUGGGCUCUGUCAUUGUUUAAAUAAUACAUGACUGCUAGAUUAUGGUUUAUUCUUCCCCAGAUUUCUGACUACAUUGACAGCUAAGGUAACUGUAGCCUGACAAUGGAAAAACUAGACUUCUAAGUAAGCUUUCACAGAUGUAAUCGGUUACUUCCUUACCUCAACUCGGUUUUCAUUGGUUAAAUGCUUCAUAUUUCCUCUUGCUAAACUCACCACUAUACGAUCCAACUAUAAUCAUAAAUUCUUGUCUCUUCUGCUCAAAAAAAAAGCUGAUCUUAAAUAAUGUUCAUGCUGUUAACUGAUGUUGUUAUCUCUUUUGUAAAUUUAUAAGCUACAGGAAACCCACUCAGAUCUACUUCUCAUGGACCAAAUAGAUUCCGCCUGGAUAAGUACAUCUGCCUGAAGCUCCCACUUACUACCUAUUCCACAGAGUGGGAUUCCUCUGGGUUUCAAAUUUACAUUUAAGAAAAAAAUGUUUUCUUUCUCUCAGACACACUUAAUCUUAUUCUGUACCUAUAAUAUAUAUAUAUAUGUAUAUAUAUAUAUAUAUAUAUGUAUGUAUGUAUGUGUGUUUCAGCAUCUUGUCCAGUCCAGGCGCUUACUACACCCAGGACAGCUCCAGAGAAGCGACCUCCAGAUGUUCCAAUCUCCUAUCACAGACACAGAUGCUUCUAUUGGACCUCUUCCUUCUGACCUAGAUGGUUCCACAGACCUUGGACAACAAGGAAACAGUCAACUCUAAGACUGGACAAACAUCUCUUACCCACUUUUCUAGGUUCCCUUGAGAGGCAUUGCCCUAAAACAAGAAUCAUUAAUCAGAGAUCACAAUGUCCCUAUUCCUGCUCCACCAUGUCCUCCAAUUUCUCUUUUGUAAUUAAACCAAAAUGGGGAAAAGAAAGCAUUCUGUCUAAUCUCCACCCCCACAGUUUCCCGGCAACAGCCAGUUGUGCCUGAUACUAUAAAAGUGGCUGCUUGCGGCCUCCUCACUGUCUUGCUCCUGCUUCCUCUUGCUCUCCCUUGCCCCUUUGUCCCUUCUCUACCCAUUCCCCUCCCCCUUUCUCUCCAUAUGCUCAUGGCUGGCCUCUACUGCUCUCCUUCUCUCCUCUUCUCUCCUGUCUCUUUCUCUGGCCUACUACCCUCUUAACUCCCCUCCCCUUGCCCUGAAAAAAUUGUAUUCUAUUCUAUACUGUUCUGUGGCUGGUCCCUCAGGUGGAAGGGAUGCCUCAGCAUGGGCCCACUGAGACAUCCCCUUUCCCCAGACCUCCAUAGAAUAUAUCCCCCCUCUCUUUAUCUUUUUAUAAACACAAUGACCACAAUUCCUUUUCCAUAGGGUAAAGCUUUAAAGAAGGAGAAAGAGAAAACUCCAUUCAAUUGAAAGAGCAGGGAAAGUUGGCAGAGGAGCCUCCUCAAGGAGAGCUAAGCAGAAGGAUCCGGGAGCCCACCAGCAGCACCGGGACACCAGCAAGGGUCACUUCGUCUGUCCCUCCACCAGCUCAGACAACUCUUGCAGGCAGCCGGCAGAUCCUCCCUUCUCAAUUUUGCCAUGGAGCCCUCCAGCACCCAGAAAGCACAAGAGCAGCAUACCAGCAAAGCUUCAGGACAGGACGUGGAAAAGGAAAAGAUGAACAAGAAGAGAGCUGGUCAGAAGAGGAAGAUGGAAAACGAAACGACGAACAGGAGAAGAGCUGGUCAGAAGAGGCAGAUGGAAAACGAAACGACGAACAGGAGAAGAGCUGGUCAGAAGAGGCAGAUGGAAAACGAAACGACGAACAGGAGAAGAGCUGGUCAGAAGAGGCAGAUGGAAAACGAAACGAUGAACAGAAGAGCUGGUCAGAAGAGGCAGAGACGCAGAUCUCCAACCCCGCCUCGACGGAACAUUGUGGGCUGCAGAAUUUCUCAUGAGUGGAAGGAAGGAGAUGAGCCCAUCACACACUGGAAGGGCACUGUGGUGGAGCAGGUGCCUGUAAACCCCUCUCUCUACCUGGUGAAAUAUGAUGGAGUGGACUGUGUCUACGGACUAGAACUAUAUAAAGACAAGAGGGUACGGUCCCUUAAAAUUCUUUCAAACAACGUUGGAUCAUCCCAAGCCACUGACCCUAGCUUUGCUGAUACCAUUAUUGGCAAAGCUGUAGAACAUGUAUUCGAGGGUGAGGAUGGCUCUAAGGAUGAAUGGAAAGGGAUCGUUCUCGGUCAAGCUCCUGUCUUGGAUGCCAACUUUUAUGUGACCUAUGAGAACGACCCAGUGCUUUACAUGUACCAGCUUUUUGAAGACUAUAGAGAGGGGGACCUCCGUAUCUUGGAAGGCUUUGAUGAGCCUCCGCCUCUAGACAUCCCCGUUGAACUUUUGAGUUUCCUAGUAGGCACAUGUGCAGAAUACACCACAGAUGAUGGCUCCAAGAGGGUUGGGAUGGUAAUCCACCAGGUAGAAGGCAAUCCAUCUGUCUUCUUAGUUAAGUUUCCUGAUGAUGUGCACAUCUAUGUCUGUUCCUUGGUGAAAAUCCGCUAAGCCUUUGAAAUAGAGUUGCCAUCACUGUAGAAAUAGAGUGAAAAUUGUACUUUCCAUAGAAGUAUAAUUGAAGAUGUAAUUUCUAGAUGUGCCCAGGUUUCUGGUCUUCAGUGUGUCUGAGUCUCACUGCAGGCAUAAUGUUGUCCUGACAAAAGCAAAAUUCUGUGGGUAUGGCACGCUGUCAGAAGCACUUUGCUGGGUGUGUCUGGUGGGUGGAGCAGGGAACCAUGGAACAGCUGUCAAUUCAGCCUCUGAGAGAAGUGAGCUUGUCUCAUAAGCAGUCAUCUAAAAAUGCAAUGGGACUUAGCUGGUCUGGUCUUGGGGGGAGGAGGAGAAGGAUCUGGAGAUGGUUUGUGGAGGAGGGAACAGGAGGAGGUAACUGCCUAGAGAGGUGGAAGGAAGCCAAACAGAGAGGGGGAGACUCCUUGAAGAGGAACAGAGUGAAGGAAGAAAUAUGGAUUGGGAAGGGAGGGCUGGAAACAGAGUGAAGCCUGGUGGCACCUUCAGGCUUUCAAGAAAGCUAAGGAAUUCAGGAAGAAAGAUUUAGUGUAAAAGAGGUAUACAGCAAGGGUAGGCAGAGUAAGCCAUUUACAAAGGUCCCUGAGUAGAGGCUCAAGGAUCAGGGAGUCCAGGAAGACCCAUGCAUACAUAGGUGGUGGAGCGACUAAAGGAGAUACCCGUAGGAGGCACAAUUCCAAGAAGAAAGGCAGUCUCUGGGUCG